GGGUUGGGCCUUGGCCCCUUCUUCUUGCUGGCGCCGCCAACCUGGCAGUCGAUGGUUGCUGCUAGGUAUUGCGCUACAUUCCUAGGUAUUGCGACUUGCAGGGUGGUUGAAAGGCUUUGACUUUCGACAGGCUUCUGCUGCAGCUUCUUUGUCAGCUUCCAUCUUAUGAGGGCACUCCAGGUCCCAAAUGCUCUGUGCCCAUCCUUGUAACCUUGGGGAGCCACUCGGUGGCGUCGAAGCGCUCGAGCAUCUUUCAGAUCGGUCUGAUGGCAGAUGAUCGUCUCACUUGUCACCCAGUGGUGUAGUUCAUGACGGAGAAUGGCAAAUUGCUUUGCGUGCUUUGCUCGGUCUGAUAAGGAGGAGGCUCCCGAGGACGAUCGGAGUGCACCGGGGAGACAGCAUGGAGCGCCGGCCCGUAAGGUGUUGCCAGAGCACGAGAUGCUCGUCCCAUCCAACGGCCCUAUUAUCGGCACUCCCGCGCACCCCAACGCCCGCCUCGGCCGCCUCCCCUCCAAAGAGCCCGAGGAGCACUUUGCGUCCCACCCAGAAAAGUCGCCGGCGCAGAUUUUCACCUUCCGGGAACUGCAAGCAGCCACUCGGGACUUCCGGCCUCAGAACCUGCUCGGGGAGGGCGGGUUUGGCAGGGUUUACAAGGGCCGGUUAGAGCGGACGGGGCAGAUUGUGGCCGUGAAGCAGCUGGAUAGGACGGGCCUGCAGGGCAAUGCGGAGUUCCGAGUGGAGGUGUCGAUGCUCAGUCUGCUGCACCAUGAGAACCUGGUGAACCUGAUCGGAUACUGUGCGGAUGGGGAUCAGCGGCUGCUGGUGUAUGAGUUCAUGCCGCUGGGGUGCCUGGAGGAUCAUCUGCAUGACGUCCCCCCCGAGCGCGAGCCCCUCGACUGGUACACCCGCAUGCGAGUUGCGUAUGGCGCCGCCAAGGGCCUCGAGUACCUGCACGACAAGGCGGACCCCCCCGUCAUUUACCGCGACUUCAAAUCGUCCAACAUUCUGCUCGAUGUCGGGUUCCAUCCGAAGCUCUCCGACUUCGGUCUCGCGAAGCUCGGGCCGACGGGGGACAAGACGCAUGUGUCGACGAGGGUCAUGGGAACAUACGGUUACUGCGCGCCGGAGUAUGCGAUGACGGGGCAGCUGACGACCAAGAGUGACGUGUACAGCUUCGGCGUGGUGCUGCUGGAGCUGAUCACGGGACGGCGCGCGAUUGACAGCUCGCGGCCGCGGCAGAGCAACCUGGUGGCCUGGGCGCGCCCCCUGUUCAAGGACCGGCGCACAUUCCCAAGCAUGGCAGACCCGUUGCUGCAGGGCCGCUACCCGAUGCGAGCGCUCUACCAGGCUAUGGCAGUAGCCGCCAUGUGUCUGCAGGAAACCGCCACCCUGCGGCCCCAGAUCGGUGACGUGGUUAUGGCCCUUAACCAUCUCGCUAACCAACGCCAGGAGCCCGGGGAACCCGGACGACGGACCUCGCGGGAGAUCCCACGGGCUGGACCCCGGGGGAUGACCACUCCGGAACGACGCGGGGGCGAGGAGAGAAAUGGAGACAGGUUGAGGGGGGGGUACGAAAACGUGCGGCAAGCGGGGGGGCGGAGGCGAGAGGACGAGAACUGUGGGGGGAGGAACUGGGAGCGCGAGAAGGGCAUCUACUUCCGGGGGGGUCAAGAGGGCCGGCAGGAGACCCCCCGGCGGCGGGACGACGAGUUUGGGAAUGGGGGCGAGCGGAGCGAGUCGAGCCACAGCCGGAAGCCGAGCGGCGACGGCAGCGAGUCGUACCGGUCUGAGGACACGUUUGAAGCGGAACGGGGGGGUGUGAAGGCCGCCGAGCAAGACCCCCUGGGAGACGGAGACAGCGCCCGGGCGAGCCCCCAAGUCGAGCGGUUCGUUCCCGCCCCCCUCCAGCAGGAGUACGCGUACCCCCCCAGCACGAGAGAGCACCCCGCGUUUGCGGGGACGGCGAAGAGCGCGAUCCUGGAGCGGAUGUCGUCAUGGGAGGCGCGGCGGGGGAGGGGGGGCCCGGCAGGGACGUUGAGGCACAGGGUGCUGGACCGCACUCAAGACAGGGAGGCGGCGGCGCGGCAGGCGCGAGUUGUGGAGAUCCCGGAGAGAGGUGCGGGUGGGGAGGGGUCGAUCGCUGCUGAGAGUCCGCGGGAAAUGCCCCUGGGGUGGGACCUGCAGAGCGAGGCAACGACGCUGUCAGCGGAGGACCGGGGCCAGGCCGUCUUCGACCUCGAAGUGCCGGAGGCGUCGUUGCAGGAAACGUUUGGGGUUGCGGCGCCGGGCCGGAUUGAGAUGGGAUACGGGUUUGGACAGGAUGAGCCGGGGAGGGGGCCCGGCGCCGCGGCCGGGCAGCAAGACGCUUUUGGCAGCGUGGUGUACCCAGAGGUGCCAGACCGGGGGUACCACGACUUCGGUAGGCUAAGCAUCGACGAGCGAGCAAGCGCUCUUGAGCCUCCGUUGGUGGGGGCAGGGGCCGCAACAGAGUUGCCUCUCUCCAACGGCGGGGCCAACGCUUUCCCUUCGGAGACCGCUGCGGAACCCUUUGAGCCGGCUGUGGCGCAGCAAAAAGUGGCAGAUUUGGGUGGGGGGGAGAAGGAGCCAACGGAUCAAGCGGGCGGAAGCUCCGAAGCUCCGGCCGAGAAGCCCGUCGGGUUUCUGGCGAUUCCCAGCUUCAAGGCCAGGCAGGAACAGGCGCUCGACGCUGCGGGGCGGGUCGCAUUUCUCUGGCAGCAGCAGCAGCAGCAGUCGCCCCCGCCCGUGCGGCCAACUCCCGCAAACCCGUUCGACUUGUCCGAAGAAAGUCCGCAGCCCAGCAGGGCGCGGAGCCCAGUCACGGUCGAGAGUCCGCGAAUCGUCCACAUGGUCGAGAGUCCGCGAAUCGUCCACAUGGUCGAGAGUCCGCGAAUCGUCCACACGGUCGAGAGUCCGCGAAUCGUCCAGAGCGUCCGGAGUCGGCCGCGGACGCCAGAGCGGCUUAUGCGGUUGGACAUGCCCCGGGACUCUCUAGAACGCGUUGACUUCGUGGCGGAGCCGGGUGCAAGUGGGGAGCCGUCGAGGUUGGAAGAGUACGCAUGGGCCCAGCCGCAGGAUCCGAGCAAUGGACGACGCCCGGGAUCGUUUGGUGUCGGGGGAAUGGGAUAGCCGCCAGCCGCCCGUGUCCAAGUGGAUGAGCCCCCUGGCAUUGGGCUGCCGGGACCUUCCCUUGUAUCUCUUGCAAGGAAGACUAACCGCAAGCUGAGCCCGAGGGAAAGGUCUCCUCAAAACGGGUACCUGUAUGACAGCUUUGACGGCACUCGCGGUCCACGGUAGUGCCCGGCCAUUAGCUAAUCAAUGAGUAGAGGAAAAUUUGCGCGACAGAUAUUUCUGCCUUUGAACAGAGUGUCGGACUCUUUGAUUUCUGUGGUAGUUAACGCUUGCGAAGAAAGAUUGACCAGCUAUGCGACAAAGGUCUUGCGGCUGGAAGGCUGGAUCAACCAUGUUCUACGAUGCCAUACUUCGAAAUGGUGUGGAGGCGGGAGUUUUGUUAGCUUUGAUCAUAGGGUCCCCCAAGGUUGACGGUGUCUAAAUAAAACAUUGUGGUAAGCUUAAUACAUACUCAUUGAGGGCCAACUUGAACAGAAGUUGCUUUAAUAUAUCUAUUCAUGUCUCACGUAUAGAAACUGGGCAUAAAUACAGGCUUGUACAAAUUCACCAUCAGUUGUGCCAAAGCUUUAUUACACGC